UUGAAUAUUUUAUAUUACUUACAAUUACAAGCUACAUUACAUAACUUUUACUAUUAAAAUGUUAAUUAAAUGAAUCUAAUGUUUAAUCCAGAAGCAUUACUAAUACUUGGCGCUUUAAAACUAAUGUGGUUUAGAAUAGUAUACUACUACUCAUUAUAAGUACUGCCUGACUAGUGUCAGUGACUGUCCCAUUACAUUUGACAAAAUGAAUUAAACAGUGCUGCUAGACUAGGGCUGACUAGGAACAGGAUGAACCCAGAGGUGAAAAAAAAAGCAGCCAAGAAAGCAAAAAGUGGGAAACAGAAAAUGGUGUCGAAAGACAAGCCUUCACCUGCAACUCAAAAGCAAAGUAAGGCAAAAUCCAAAGCCAAGGAUUUAAUCAAACUCAGCCUAGUUUCUCCAAAAAUGAGGCGUGCUGAAUCUACAGUUCAGAUUAAAUCUGACUUUGGGAGCAAUAAUAUAAAAAUAGAUUAUGAGGCGCUUAAGAAACAGAAAUUGACAGGCCCACAAGGCUCCAAGAUAUUUGGCUGCAACGUUUGCUCGUACCGCUCAGCAACAAGAGCCCAGCUGAAACAGCAUCUGAUCAUCCAUGCGGAUAAAAAAUAUCGGUGCCAGGAUUGUAAGUACAGGUGCCACACCCCAGCACACCUGAAACGUCACAUGUUCACCCACUGCGAGAACAAGCCUAUGCUCUGUACCUUGUGUGGAUACAACUGCACCCAAAAAUAUCAGUUGAAGGAUCACAUGUUGCUGCAUGAAUCUGAAAGGCCUUUUGCUUGCAAAAUGUGUAAUGCAACUUACAAGAAGGAAGCAAGUCUUAAAGUUCAUAUGCUAAGCCAUGAAAAUGUGACAAAGUUUCAUUGUAACCAGUGUACCUAUGCUUGUAACCGUCUUGGGGAUUUAAAAAGGCAUGUACUGACUCAUUCAUCAGAUAAACCUCUCAAAUGUAACUUGUGUAGUUACUCUUGUGUCCGUAAAUGGCGCAUAGAAGCACACAUGAAAAUUCACUCUCAAGACAAACCAAUUCUGCACUGUGAUUUGUGCGACUUCACAUGCCUGAGUGCACCCAGCAUGAAAGAUCAUAAAGUCACCCACGCAGGAGAAAACAUUUUACGCUGUGAUCGAUGUAGCUACGUGUGUACACAGGCUGCCAGCUUGAAGCGGCACAUGAGAAAACAUACAGGAGAAAAGGAAAUGAAAGAGGUUAAAGAAGAGAAACCAUUUCCUGACAUGCAAGUUUUACCGGUCUCAGAUACAUUAGUUUCUGAUGUUAUCAUUCCUGAGACAAUAGUUCAGGAAAUUAUAGUCCCAGAAAUAAUGGUCCCUGAAACCACUGUAACAAUAGUUAAACCAGAGGAACAAGAGAUACUGGUGGAGCCAGAAUUUAUCAAGACUGAGGCCCCUAUGGAAGAGAUGGGCACAGGUGUAAGCAUUCCCCAGAUUCUAGAGGUGGUGUGUGACCUGCAUGAAGAGACCUGGGACACUGUCAACAGUGGUGUAGGGGACACCACCACUGUGACCACCACAGAUGGUGGCCAGUCUUACCUGAUCCAAACUGGCGUGUCUGAGACAGCUGUAAACCAGCCCGAGAUGAUCCAGCCAACAGCCAGUCACCAGCUGAUCAUCAACUCCAGCAAGUCCCAGGUCCUGCUCUUCUCUGCUCCAGGCCUGCCCCCUGUCAACAAGCCCCCCAUCAACCAUUCAACAUCCAAGCGCUUCCACUGUGAUGCUUGUGACUUCUCCACCAACUACAAGUCACACCUAGCUGCUCAUGUGAAAAAACAUGCCAGCAAUAAAAAGUACAAAUGUGCCUACUGCGAAUUCAUGUGUAACAAAUCCUCUCAGAUGGUUGUUCAUUUAGAGAGCCACACAAGCCAACAAUUUAUGUCAUGCAGUUUCUGCCCAUUUACUUGCAGAACCAAGACUGAGAUGAGGAUUCACAUGAAAGAACAUCCUGGCCUGAAACCAUUCAACUGUAAAGAAUGUGACUAUAAAUGUCGCUCAGCUGAUGGCCUCAAGUCUCACAUGACCAAGCAUUACGGCUUCAAACCUUUCAGCUGUGAGAUAUGUGGCCAAGCCUUCUCCACCAACAACUUGCUCAAGCAGCAUAGAUUAAUUCACGGUGAGAAGCCGCUGCAGUGUGAACUGUGUGAGUACAAGUGUAUCCAGAAGAGGCAGUUGAUGAACCACAUGUUGCAGCACGAGAACGAGCAUCCGUUUAUAUGUAGCUUAUGUGGUAAAACAUACAAGAAAGUUGAAAGCUUGGACAUUCACAUGAUGUCACAUGAAAACAUCAAGAAGUUUGCUUGCAACUUGUGUAAUUACGCAGGUAACAGAGCAGCUGAUUUCCGUCGACAUGUGAUGACUCAUUCCACCUCUAAACCACUGCAGUGUGACCAGUGCUCGUAUCAGUGUAUCCGUCAGUCCCGCCUGCGUGCCCAUAUGUUGACCCACUCUCAAGAGAGAAGUCUGAAAACUGGCGUCCCCCAGCCCAAGUGCUACCAAUGUGCGUUCUGUGAGUUUUCCUGCACCAAUAUCAAGAAGUUGAAGUCCCAUUUGUCCAAGCUCCAUUCAAAUCUCCCUGACCACCUGCUCAACUCCAAAAUGGCAGCCACUACUAUUCUUCACCCCAAGUCCAACUUAAGCAGAACUAGUUUGACAUUUCAAGACACAUUCUGCAACACAAAUCCAGGUCAACAUGGCGGCACUGGGUCUCUCACGUAUGACAUAGAGAGUUUUAAAAAGAGAAUGAACCCAGUGAAGAGAAAAGUGAAACCACCAGCACCACCCAGCCCUGCUCCUGUAUGUGUUCAGGAUGUUGAAGAUUUUAAGCUCAAGUUUCACCCACGCAGGACCAGUAAUCAGGAAAACCAGCCAUUGGUCAAAAGUGGGAAGAAGGACGUGUCUAACGCAGGGAACAAAACCUCACCUAAAAACCAGGAUAAGGGGGAUAAAAAUGUGACCAGGUUUCUGUGUGACGUCUGCAGCGCCAUGUUCAAGACCUCCACCAACCUGAAGGAGCAUGUGAGGAUCCACUCUUCACACAAGGAGUACAAAUGUCACCUGUGCGACUACGGCUGCCACAGAGAGAGGAACCUCAAGAUCCAUAUCCUGACCCAUGCUGAGAAGAAGCCCAUCCAGUGCCCCAUGUGUGACUACACUUGUAUACAAAACUUCCAGCUCAAAGCCCACCUCUUGCUGCACCAGACCCCCACCCCCUUUCAAUGCUCCAUCUGUAAUGCCAAGUACAAAAAAGAGGCGGGGCUUAAAGUUCACAUGCUGACCCAUUCCAACCAGUAUAAAUUUAAGUGCCAGAUAUGUCAGCACGAAACAAACCGUUUUGCAGACUACCGGCGCCACCUGCUGAUCCACUCCAAGUCUAAGCCAGAGAAGUGCCCCAUGUGCAGCUACUCCUGUAUCCGCCAGUCCAGGCUCAAGGCCCACAUGCUCAUCCAUCGCGGCCACAACUUUGCUGACAAUCCUGUCCUGUCUGGCCUGGAGAAAAAUGUGCUGCGCUGUGACCUCUGUGAUUACAUCUGUACAACUGCUUCAAGGCUUAGGAAACAUAAAACUUCACAUAAAAAACAAGCUGUGCGCACGUGUACACAGUGUGGCUAUACAUGCACCAAAGCCUCAGAACUCAAAAAUCAUGUACAGAUCCAUAGGGAAAACCCUAUGCUAAUUACUUUCACACAAACCCCAGACACGCAUGCCCCGAUAACUCCAGAACUAUUGCCAGAAGUAGAGUGUUUGGUGCCUGAGGCUGAGAGUUUGGUCAAGUGUGAAGACAGCCAGGAGAAGCAAGUAGAGGAGUCCAUCAUUUAUGCAGAAAACCCAGGGGAGAUGUUCACAGAUGCCAGCCACUUGUACAGCAGCGCAGAGAACCAAACGCUCCUGCUGACUGCAUCUGUUGGCCAGUCAGAUGGACAGGUCAUUGUCCAGAGCGAUCAGGGCAUCUUGCUAGCUCCAGCCAACCAGAGCUGGGAGGAAGAAGGGGCGUGGUCUGAUUCUUUUAGCGUUGCUGACCUCAGCGGUUUUUCUUUUGACCCCAUCAGCCUGCAGCAAGCCCCCAGCCUGAUUGUGACUGUGGUCAAGGAGGAGGCCACGCUGCCGCUGAUGACAGAGGCUGUCAAAGAGGAAGUGGAGGAGCCAGUUCAAAGGUUAAAGAUGUACCACUGCGAUAUCUGCUCCUUUGGCUGUGAUUACAAGUCCACCUUUAAAAAGCACAUGAGGAAACACUCUGAGCUGAAGAACUUCAAGUGUGCCCACUGUCAGUACAUGUGUGACCAGCUGUCUCGCAUGAAGAAACAUUUGAUCAGCCACACGGACCAGAAGCUCUUCCACUGCCAGAUUUGCCAGUUUGGCUGCAAGAGCAAAUCAACGCUGCAGCACCACAUGCUGUCCCACACGCAGGGCAGGGCCGGCCUGAAGAGUUACCACUGCCCUCGCUGCCAGUACUCCUGCAAGAGUGCCCUGGGUCUCAAGUCCCACUUCGUCAAGCACACGGGGGUCAACCCCUUCCAGUGCGAGGUCUGUCAGGAGAGCUUCAUGACAGAGUACCUGUUGAAGAAGCACAAGUUUAGCCACGGGGUCAAGCCGUACCAGUGCCAGUACUGCAGCUACUCGUGUGUCCAGAGACAGCAGAUGAACACACACCUGCUGCAGCACACGUACGAGUACCCGUUCUGCUGCAGCCUGUGUAACGCCAAGUACAAGAAACAGGACAGCCUGAAGGUGCACGUCAUGUCUGAACACGAGAAGAAGCACCGCUACAGCUGCCAGCUGUGUAACUACGUGGGCAACAGGGCCGCGGACUUCAGGGAGCACGUGCUGACCCACUGUGAGAGGAAGCCCCACCAGUGCCCACACUGUUCCUACUCCUGUAUCCGCCCCACCCAGCUCAAGAAACACCUGCGGGUCCACGACAAGGACCCGGGCUACCCUGACCCUAACAAACCCGCGGCCAACAAGAAAAAAACUUUUGCCUGCCAUUACUGUAGUUUCUCUUCGUCUCGCUCUACACGCAUGAGGGCACACCUGGACAAGGUGCACCUGACUUUACCUGACGUUUUGUUAACACCUGAACCAUCACAUGAUGAGGGCACACCUGGACAAGGUGCACCUGACUUUACCUGACGUUUUGUUAACACCUGAACCAUCACAUGAUGAGAGCACACCUGACUUUACCUGACGUUUUGUUAACACCUGAACCAU